AUGACUAAUACAACUUCAAAUCCUGGUAAAAGACCACCACCAUCAGGGUCUGUAGAUGCUACUUCACGCGAAAAAAGAUUAAAAACAAUAGCUUGUGAUAGAUGCCGACGGAGAAAGGUUAAAUGCGAUGGAGAUGGUUAUAAUCAUCUACCUUGUAAAUAUUGUACUUCUGUAGGGCUUGAAUGCACAUACGGAAAAAACGCUAGCCGUACAAAUACCAAUCAAUCUCAAAUAGCAUCAUCAAAAACAAAUGUUUCCUCACAACCUAUUCGUACUCCUAAUCGUUCAAAAUCCACAUCUGCGACAAACGGUCCGCAGUCAACAUCUCGUCAAAGAAGAGGAUCUCAAUCUAACCAAAGUACGAGAACAGCCAAAAAAGCAACCUCUUCUACAAGCACGUCAUUUUCUAUCGUUACGUCUUCUUCGAAUACAAACACAAACUUAAAUCGAAUUAUUCCCCAAGUAUUACCUAUACUUGAUAAUGAUUUUGAAUAUUUGGUUAAAUUAUUUUCUUCCAUGUCUUUACAAAAUGAAGAUCAAGUUCGUCAACACUUUAGUCACUAUAUAUCACAAAUUCAGGAUGAAAAAGAAACUAUUUUGAGACCUCAUAUACAUGAUAUACCAAAAUUAGAUGAAUUAUCUCAUAGAUUUGUUAACUCGUAUUUCGAUAAUUUUCAUCCUACAUUUCCAGUAUUACAUAAAGCAUAUUUUAAUGAAAGAUUUAGAGAUACAAAUAAAACAAUGCCCCGUAUCUUAUUAUAUGCCGUUUGCGCGAUAGGUUCAAAUUAUUUAGAUGAUUCAAUGGCUAGAAAAGAUCAUAACGAUUCUCACAUUCUCGGUUUAGAAUAUUAUGAACAUGCUCAAGAUUUGAUUAGUCAAAAUCUUAAUUAUCCAAGAUUGAGUACCGCUGUUGCACUUUUUCUCUUAGGAAUGUAUGAUUCACGAAGUUUUAAAGGUUGCACAUACAUAGGAAUGGCCACAACAUUCGCUACCGCAAUGAGAUUACAAGAUAAGAAUGCAUCCGAAGUAACCUUGAACCGCAUGUCAACUAUUUCGGAUAAAUAUUGUACAAUUGAAUUUCCAGAAUUCGAAUCAUUAUUUACGCCCGACGAAUUCGAAUCAAAAAUUAUAAAAUAUUUCAUACAAUAUUUUAAAAUUACAAAAAUAAUGUAUGAAAUUUUAGAAAUUAACUUAUCUGAGACUAAUAAUAAUAUUGAAAAUAUAACUUCAAGAUCUGAAGAAAAACUAAAUAAUUGGGAAAAAGAAUUACCACCAUAUUUACGAAUAGAAAAUUGUGAACCGUUGACGUUAUCAUUAUCCACGAAAAUAACAAUUGAUCACCUCCGGGUCUAUUUAUGCAUUCUCUAUAAUUAUGCAAUGAUUAGAAUUCACUAUAUUAAUAUUACGUCAGAUCACAGCAUGGCAACCUGUGCAAAAGCAGCAAAUACUAUCACAACAUUUAUAAAUAAGAAUUUCUUGAUCAUGAUUAGUAGCACACCAUUUAUUAUUCAUUGCGCACUUUAUGCAGGAUUUAUUCAUAUAUUAAAUCUCAAGAAACCAAUGUAUGCUACUGUAGCCAAAAAUAAUGUUAUACAAACUCUCAAAUUAUUUCAAGAUAUACUCGGUAUGCAAUCUUUACAAUCUAUACAUUCGGCCAUAAAAAAUUUGAUUGCGAUUUUCACAUCUCAAUUAGAAAGUAUGGGAGAUAUUGACGAAGAAAUUUUAAAUGUUGCUAAAGCUGCUUUGGCUUCAAUUUCUUAUCACCACAAUAUUCACCAAUAUCUCCGGUAA